AUGCCAAGACCUCGUCUUGCACCAUUGCGUACUGAAGCAGAAAUCACCCGAGAUGUUAUUGCUGAGCUACAAGCCCAGAUGGCCACGAUUACUACCACUCUCCAAGCCCUUGCUGUUCAGCAACAACCACCACCAGUUAGAGAAAAUAUUGGACAUGAAAAUAAUAAUAACAGUAACGAUGGUGACAACAAAGAAAACCCGUUUUCAGAAAUAGAUAACCCCUUUGGAAAUCUACGCAACAACCGUACCCUGACACAAGACAACGUCCAAAUUGCAGCAGCGGAUAAUCAUUGGGAAACAGGAUUCAAAACCGAGAUACCAGAGUUUCAUGGAAAUUCUUUGGCUGAAGAACUGCUCGAUUGGAUAGUCACGGUGGAAGAAAUUAUGGAGUUCAAACGAUCUCCAAUGGAUCGAUGUGUUCCUGUUUUAACGAUGCGUUUUCGUGGAAGAGCAGCUGCAUGGUGGACACAAUUGAAGACAACUCGUCUUAUGUUUCAGCGUCUCCAUACCAUCCGCCAAGGCACCCGAUCUGUGGCUGAUUACUCCACUGAAUUUUUUUUACUUCUCAAUCGAGUUGAUAUACAAGACUCUGAGCGUCAACUGGUAGCACGGUUUACAGUAGGAUUACGACAACAGAUUCAACACACAAUCAAUCUCUUCCAUCCAUUGACACUGUCAGAAGCACAUCAACAAUCUUUAACUAUUGAGGCACAAACUAAAUCAUCCUGGUCUACUGUUCGUUCUUCUCGACCAAAUCACACUCCGACUGCGACAGAUGACGUUGAUUCUGUCAAAGCAGACACACCCAUUGUUCCAGCUCUUGACAAUCGGCAAACUCGACCAAACUCACUUCGUUGCUUUUCUUGUGGAGAUAUAGGUCACCGACAGUCUAACUGCCCCACUAGAAACAGAAGAGGCCUCCUCCUUGACACUGCUGGUAAUAACGUUGAAGUAAUUUACGAUGAGGAAGCUGCGGAGCCACAAGAUGAAGUGGAGGUUCUUACAGCUGAUAGUGGACCAGCAUUAAUGUUACGACGUGUGUGUUUAUCUCCGUGUGGAACAGAUAUCAACCCUCAACGACAUAAUCUUUUUCAUUCAAAGUGUACUAUUGGAGGCAAGGUGUGCAAAUUCAUAAUUGACUCUGGAAGUAGCGAAAACGUCAUUGCUGAGGAAGUUGUAAACAAGAUUCAAUUAUCAACAGAACUACAUCCCAACCCUUACAAGUUGGCAUGGCUGGAUCGGAAAACCGAUGUACUCAUAACUCGACGAGCAUUUAUUUCUUUUCCGGUGGGUGAUUCAUAUAAGGAUCAUAUUCAUUGUGAUGUUGCUCCGAUGGAUGCUUGCUAUCUACUCUUAGGACGCCCUUGGUUAUUUGAUCUUCGAGUAAAACACGAUGGAUAUCGUAAUACCUACAGUUUUCGUUACAAUAAUCGCAAUUUCACUCUACAGCCUUCUUUGCCCGAGAAACAGCACACACCAUCAGCUUCAGUCCUUCUCUUGCAGCAAAAGGCUUUUGAACAAACACUUCGAGAAGAGGGAUGUGUUCUAAUAUUGAUCAAUUCGGUUGUCAGAGAGCCUUUACCAUCACCUCCAGAACACUUUCAAAGACUAUUGGAGGAGUUUCAGGAUGUUUUUCCCAAUGAGUUACCACCCGGCCUUCCUCCCCUCAGAGACAUUCAACACCAUAUUGAUCUAAUUCCAAAUGUUGUUCUUCCUAAUCGAGCUCAUUAUCGUAUGAGUCCGAGUGAGCAUGAAGAACUUAGACGUCAAGUUGAGGAUCUUGUGUUGAAGGGAUAUUUACGUGAAAGUCUGAGUCCGUGUGCAGUCCCAGCUUUGCUUAUACCAAAGAAGGAUGGAUCUUGGAGGAUGUGUGUCGAUAGACGUGCUAUAAAUAAAAUUACAGUACGCUAUAGAUUUCCCAUUCCCCGUCUCGACGAUCUAUUAGAUCAAAUUGGAGCUGCAAAGAUUUUCUCUAAAUUGGAUCUUCGAAGUGGUUAUCAUCAGAUACGAAUCCGUCCAGGAGAUGAAUGGAAGACGGCUUUUAAAACUCGAGAAUGA